AUGACAGGGUUCAAUCCACACAGUGGUUUGUUGGGUAUGUACAGGGGCUCUUUUCAGCAAAACUCCCAGGAUGAGUACUUUGGGACGCCAUAUGAGGCAUAUGAGACAUUCUUUUCUGCAAUCUUCAUGGCGACUCCAACGGGGGGCAAUUUUGCGGACUUCAUUGUUGGUGCACACAGUAGUGGGGAGAUCAGGAUAUAUGAAACUAGUACCUUGACGCAACGGAACAACAGCAACCAGCCAGCGAUUCAACCAGUUUUGAGGUUCAGGGCGCAUAAAGGGCCAGUGUAUGCUCUUGAAAAACUUGAUGUAGGGAAUGACACCCUGCUCAUAUCUGGUGGUGACGAUGGCCACCUGCUUGUCUGGAGCUGGAAACAUCUGCUCUCACUUUGUUCCUCCAGUGCAAAUGCCAAUGGGAAUGGUGUGGCUGCUGGCGUGCAGCCGUCGAAGCGCUCAAGCGGGGUGGGGCCUUUGGUCUGUACUGUGCAGCCCAAGCUUGAGUUUGAUCUCACACCAGCUGGUGCUGACAUGAGUUUGCACGGCAACCCUGAAGUCAACUGCAUUGCUGUGGAGGCAACAAGGAAAGGCACUGUGUAUGCAGGCACAGGAGAUGGCUGCUGGCACACGAUUGAUCUCAGCCACCAUUCCCAACGCUCGCCACAGGAGACGGGAGUGAAGGGCCACUCUCUAGGAAUCCUGUCCAUUGACCACUCGAGUAAAUGCAACCGCCUUGUUACAGGAUCGGAGGUUGGUGCAGUGCGUUUCAUUGGUGCAGAGGCUUUAAUGCGGUUGCUGUGA